GUUAAUAGUAUUGUUAAGGUUGCAAAAAAAUUUAGAAAUACUAUGGCGGAAGAUUACGAAAUUGAAGAAGGAGAAAUGUAUGAUGAUUCUCACAUAGGUUUAGCUUACAUUGAUGUGAAAAUUCAAAGUAUUUUGGGUGAUUAUAUGAAUGAUUUUGAAGGAGGUGUUUCUAUUGAGAAUUUGGGGCCAAAAUUUGGUGUUUAUGGUACGUUUUUGAUGAGUUAUCGACUCCCUUCUCCACAAAAAUCUCAAAAUCUCCCUUCCCCUACACGUUUUUCUUCUCACGAAUCCAUUAGGUUUCCUGUAAGAUAUCAAAUUUCUGUGAUCAAAUCGCUUAAUCCAACCGAACAGACAACAUUCAAACUUCAAACUAGGGUUAGGGUUGGUUCUAAUAAGACCACUGCCCGGACGAGUAGUGAUUUACACACCGGUUUUGAUAAGACUCACUGCUCGGAACUGACUUCUUGGGAUAAGCCACCAGUUUCUCCAUUUAUUAUAGAGGGGGAUUGGAUUCGCUGUCGUAAAUGUCGUAAGUGGAGACUUCUACCAUAUGGUACAAAACCCGAGCAAUUGUCUGAGAGUUGGCUCUGCAGCAUGUUAGACUGGCUUCCUGGAAUGAACUAUUGUGACAUUAGUGAGGAGGAUACGACAAGAGCUCUACAUGCCUCGUACCAAAGUCUCAUCCAAAGUAACCUUCAAAAUCGUGGUGGUAAGGGUUUAAUUGAUGUAAAAGCACAAGAUGGAAGGAAAAUUUCUGUAAAGAAAAGAAAAUUGAGGACUUUGCAAUGUAAUGGUAAUGACUUGGGUGACAGUGAUACUAAUGCUUUUGAGAGGGAGGUUAGUGGUAGAUUCAGAAAACUGAAGAAAUCCAAGGUGUUUCAGACUGAAAAAAGGGAGUCCAGUACAAGCAAGGGUGCAGGAAAAUCAAGUUCCAGAGGUACAACUACUAGACGAAGAAGAAUAGAGUAAAGCGUCAGUCUCAGGCAGAGUUCCUUCUGUUGGGAACAAUGAAAUGUACGAUUCUAGAAAUGCUGCUCUGGAGUGGUUAUAGUUCUCAUUGACAGUUCUAAUUACAGGUGGUCCUAAGGUUUUCCAGAAUAAUUUGUGUCUCAGAUUUCAAGAAACAGAGAACUGUGUGUCUCAUCUUCAGAAGUGGCAUCUGUGUUUUUGGAACUUAUGCAGAUGAUUGAUUCCUCAAUUUUUCCAGGGGACUCAGGGAAUGCUCUAGCGAUCCAUGAAACCAUCAAUAUGCAUACUGCAUAUAAUCACUGGAAACCAGUCUUAAAGAAAUUGUCAAAUAGAGAAGCCACAAAGCAUUAACUUGGGAAGAUCCUUCUAGAAAACUAAAGUCUUCCAGAGGCAACGCUGAAAGGACUGUUACGUGAAUGUUUAUUCUUCUUCUCUCAUACCAAUAAUCAGCUGAUGAAUUCCUUCUUUUCACCACAAGUUAAAUAAGCUCUGUUCAUUGAGCGUAUUUCAUUUAGAGAUUAGUCACUCGGAUCAAUAGUUCAGAAAGCUUCCUACUAUCCAGGGAAGAAGGUUCUUUUUUUCAGGAUGCUCAGAAGCUUGAACUAUUAAAGCUUCGAGUUGUAGUUAGUACUAUGUUGUUUAUGUCAUUUGGAAAAGA